AUGCAUCGAAUCAGGGAGCUUGAAAAUGAUCACCCCGACGGCCCCGUUUACUCAAGCAGCUCAUAUCCGUGGAUGGGAGACCAAAGCGGCAUACCAUCGGAGCCCGGGAGGCCAGAUCAGAUCGAUGAAUUUCUGCCUUGCCACUACUUCGAUUACUUCGCUGGGAUGUCAACAGGAGGUUGGAGUGCUAUGAUGCUGGGAAGGUUUCGCAUGUCUGUGGAUGACGCCAUUAACAGUUUCAUUAGUAUUAUCAGUCACGUCUUUAGUCAACCUAGGCUAUUCCAUCAAAUGCCUCUAUUCCCUUUCAUAGAGCGGGCAAAGUAUUCUAUUGAAGAAGCACGGGAGGUUUAUGAACGGCUUGGUAUGCAGUACCAGCGAAGGUGGGAGCGUGAAGACACGAAAUAUGGUUUUGAUGGAAAAGAUCUAUAUUUUUGGCAGCCUUGGUAUGGCUCUCAAACUAUGGUCAUGUGUUUCGACGUUACGAAUGGUGUCAUUAUGUUGACCAGCGAUACCUACAUAUCAUACAACCCUACGGCUUGGGAAGUUAUGUCUGCUACCUCUGCCGGUCUACCCUAUUUCGAUACUACAAUGAUUGACAAUACCACGUUCGCACUCACGAAAGGACUGGCACAUAACCCUUCACAAAGCGCACUGGAACGCAUUCGCUAUUUCGAUGGGAAAAGCCCGGCUGUUCUUGUCAGUCUUGGGUCAGGAGGCGGUGAACUAAUUCCUUCAUUGCCCUUAGAACUAGGAUUUGGACUGAAGGGUUACAGGCAACCCCAAGACGUGUUCCCUGUGCUUGGGGGUGACAUGGGAAUACACCACUCAUACAGACUCAAUGUCCAAGGCGAUUUGGGACAGAUUCCCUUUGAUGAUUGGCAGCCGAGACAAAGCGGAGAGACCACAAUCCAGCAUAUAAGAGACAUCACGGAAACUUAUCUUGGCACAGCCGAAGUGGAGGUCGAUAUUAAUCGCAUUGCCAAGGAAGCUGUUCGGAUUCGGCGUGCACGCGCACAGACGGAAGGAUGGGAAGCCUUUGCAAUAAAUGUGCAGUACACUUGUUCACUCUGUCCGAGGCUGACACCCUUCGUCACCGCAGAUCGUACAAUUGUGAGAGAACAUCUAGAAGCGAGCCACAAAGGACGGAGCAUGUCUAAUCAAGAGGUUGAAAGUCUCCUCAAUGCGAGCCGCACGUACAGAGGCCGCGGGUAA